AUGGUGAAUAGGAAGAUGAGGCAAAUGGUUAGUGAUCAAGCCCCUCGGUCAACGGAGAGUGAGCUCGAGAAGCCAUAUGAAGCGUGGCACGACCUAGUGCCCUUCCCAUCAGGAUGGCAUCCACCCAAGUUCCGUCAAUUUGAUGGGACCGGUGACGCAAGGGAGCACCUCGCAUACUUUGAAGCAGCAUGUGGAGACACUGCUAACACCUCAUCAUUACUACUUCGGCAAUUCUCUGGAUCCUUGACCGGGCCAGCUUUCCACUGGUACAGUCGCCUACCGGUUGGAUCUAUUAAGAACUGGAUUGAAAUGAAGGAAGUCUUCAGGAAGCAUUUUGUCGCCAUAAAGAAAGACUUCUCCAUUGUCGAGCUGUCACAGGUCAAACAGCGACGUGAUGAAGCUAUUGACGACUACAUCGUGCGCUUCCGAAAUAGUUACGUGCGCCUUGCUAGGGAGAUGGACCUAGUGGAUGCCAUUGAAAUGUGUGUCCAUGGCAUGCAACAACACUGGUCACUUGAAGUUUCCCGGCGUGAACCAAGGACGUUCAGUGCUCUGAGCUCCGCGGUGGCCGCCACCAAGCUGGAGUUCGAGAAAUCACCCCAGAUCAUGGAGCUUUACAAGAAUGCAAGAGCCUUUGACCCAACCAAGCGCUUCAAUUCAACGGCCAAAACAAGCAACAACGGGGGCAAAGCCAAGGCGCCAGCAGAGGCAAAUGCGACAAGAAUCUUCCCCACCAUGCCCCAAAGCCAAGUUCCUACUUUGGGCAUGAAGAAUGAUCAAGCUGGGAACAGACAACGCCCCUCGAUCCAGGAGCUCCUCAAGAAGCAAUACGUCUUCCGACGAGAGUUGGUGAAAGGGAUGUUCGAGCAGCUGAUGGAACACAGCGCUUUGAACCUGCCUGACCCACGGAGGCCUGACCAAGUAAACAUGACUAAUAAUCCAUUAUAUUGCCCAUAUCACAGGUAUGUUGGCCACGUCAUUGAAGAUUGCGUCGCCUUCAAGGAAUGGCUCCAAAGAGCCAUAAAUGAGAAGAGGAUAAAUUUGGAUCCGGAAGCUAUCAACCCUGACUACCAUGCAGUUAAUAUGGUGGUGGUAAAGUCGAGCGCUCCACCAGGCGAGGAAAGAGUUGGACAUGAAAACUCAUGGGCACCACUUGCCCAAGUGGAGCACCAACUUGCUAGCAUGGUGUUUGCAGCGGCCCCCACCGUUCACAAGGAGGUGCCCCACCUCAUUGACGAGCGAGCAUGGAAUGAUUUCCUACCCAAGAAUUGGGAGCAGUUGUCAUCAGUAAAGAUGGAAGAAGCACAGGAAGGAACAAGUUCUACUCCACCCUCAAGUGUAGCAACCUGCAAUGUCAUCCUCGCCUAUGAAGAUUCUGCAAGCUCAGACUCCGACGGGUUGUUCACAGCAAAGGAGCAAGAAGUGCUACGUAUGGAUGCCCACCAAGAGGAGGCGCAAGCCGAAGUCAAUAUGAACUUGCGAGGAGGAAAGGUUUUACCGGAUCCACCGAAGACUAAAGCAUCAAAGGUGGAUAAGCACACAAAAGAUUCAAACCUGCCAGAAGAAAUUCCAGAAGCCUCAUGUAAAAAGGCAGGAAAGCAACAAGACAUUGACUACAAUAUCAUCGCACAUCUCAAGCGGAUUCCUGCACUUCUAAGCGUCUAUGAUGCUCUCAUGCUAGUGCCAGAACUUCGUGAAGCCCUUGUAAAGGCAUUGCUUGAUCCGGAGCUCUACGAGGUAGCCAUGGCCAAGCAUCGACUCUUCUCCAACCCGUUGUAUGUGAAUGAAAUCACCUUCGACGAAGAAGAUAAUAUAAUAGAAGACGGUGACCAUAAUCGUCCUCUCUACAUCGAAGGGAACAUAGGAGCUGCACAUCUUCGCCGAAUUCUCAUCGACCCAGGGUCCGCCGUGAAUAUACUACCCGUCCGAAGUCUAAUUCGGGCUGGGUUUACAGCAGAUGAGUUGGAACCUACAGAUGUGGUCAUCUGCGGCUUCGACAAUUCAGGGACAUCAACACUUGGUGCCAUCACCGUCAGGAUUCAGAUGUCUACCUAUAGCUUCAAAGUGCGAUUCUUCGUCAUUGAAGCUAACACUUCAUACUCGGCACUCCUAGGGAGGCCAUGGAUCCACAAAUAUCGAGUGGUGCCCUCCACCCUGCAUCAAUGCUUGAAAUUUCUUGAUGGCAACGGGACGCAACAACGUAUCACUGGCAACAUUUGUCCUUACACUGUCCAAGAGUCGUAUCAUGCCGACGCUAAAUAUUACUUCCCAGUUGUGGGAAAAAAAGCAAUGACGACCCUAAAGGUCGAUCCUAGAAUGACUCGCCUACUGGAAAGGGCGGGGAUCGCUCUUCGUCGGAACAAUAGGAUGCCGCCGCCACCCGCUAUAUGUGAGGAAUGGUGGGGGCAACCGGAGGACUUUAUCAAAAGAAGACCCAAGGUUCAGCCAAAGUUCGGGCUCGGCUACCACAACACAAAGAGCUACAACACUGAAGAUGAAGGACCUGAAGACGUUCGGGUUCACUGCUUCACCAUGACUGCUGCCUUGGGAGACAACAUCAACCCCUCCUACCAAGUUCCACAACAAAAUCUUGGUGAGAUGAUGGCCGUUGAGGUCGAUGAAGAGCUCGAUGCUACAUCGGUACCUCAGGAACUUGAAGGUGGUGGGCAACCAACCAUUGAUGAGCUCGUAGAGAUCAACCUGGGGACAAAGGAUGAUCCACGACCUAUCUUCGUUAGCUCCACGCUUACAGAAGAAGAACGUGAAUACUAUCGAAGCUUCCUGAUGGAAUACCGAGAUUGCUUUGCCUGGAACUAUAAGGAGAUGCCGGGGUUAGAUCCUCGUGUCGCCACUCACAAGUUGGCGAUUGACCCACAGUUCCGUCCCGUAAAACAGCCACCAAGGCGCUUGCGACCGGAAUUUCAAGACCAAGUCAUCGCCGAGGUUGAUAGGCUCAUCACAGCGGGAUUCAUCAAGGAGAUACAAUAUCCCCGCUGGCUUGCCAACAUCGUCCCUGUGGAGAAGAAGAAUGGACAAGUUCGAGUCUGCGUUGACUUUCGUGACUUGAAUCGGGCCUGUCCCAAAGAUGAAUUCCCACUGCCAAUCACAGAGAUGGUUGUUGAUUCUACUACAGGUUUUGGUGCUCUAUCCUUCAUGGAUGGGUCAUCAGGCUAUAAUCAGAUCAAGAUGGAUCCACAUGACGCCUUUAACACAGCAUUUAGGACUCCCAAGGGCAACUUCUACUACACAGUGAUGCCUUUCGGGUUGAAGAAUGCUGGCGCAACAUAUCAACGUGCCAUGACAUACAUCCUCGAUGACCUAAUUCAUCACUCGGUAGAGUGCUACGUUGAUGACAUGGUGGUGAAAACUAAAGACCGUAGGAACCAUCAAGAUGACCUACGAGUUGUCUUUGAGCGACUGCGUCGACACCAACUCAAGAUGAAUCCACUGAAGUGUGCCUUUGCCGUCCAAUCCGGCGUCUUCCUCGGCUUUGUCGUUCGACAUCGAGGCGUCGAGAUUGAGCCGAAAAAGAUCAAGGCAAUCCUCAAUAUGCCGCCUCCUCAGGAGCUCAAGGAACUGAAGUCAUUGCAAGGGAAGCUGGCGUACAUCCGGCGCUUCAUCUCCAACCUUUCUGGGCGCAUCCAACCAUUUUCGAAGCUCAUGAAGAAAGGUGCACCAUUCGUGUGGGAUGAAGAGUGUCAAAACGGCUUUGACAACAUCAAAAAGUAUCUUCUUAAUCUUCCUGUUUUGGCUGCUCCUGUAAAGGGGCGCCCGCUUAUCCUCUAUAUUGCAGCACAACCUGCUUCAAUAGGCGCCCUACUCGCUCAACACAAUGAUGAGGGUAAGGAGGUGGCAUGCUACUACCUGAGCCGCACCAUGGUGGGUGCAGAACACAAUUACGCCCCCAUCGAGAAGUUAUGCCUGGCCCUAAUCUUCGCCUUAAAGAAGCUAAGGCACUACAUGUUGGCACAUGAAAUCCAGCUUGUUGCAAGAGCGGAUCCUAUAAGGUACGUUCUAAGUCAGCCUGUGCUCAUUGGGCGACUUGGUAAAUGGGCUCUGCUCAUGAUGGAAUUCGACAUCACUUUCGUGCCACAGAGGGCAAUCAAGGGACAGGCCCUGGCGGAGUUUCUUGCUGCGCACCCAGUCCCAGAUGACUCCCCUCUCGUCACAAACUUACCGGAUGAGGAAGUUUUCACCACCAAACUUGAAGCCCCAUGGGAGCUGUAUUUCGAUGGAGCCUCACGCACGGAGGCCGAGCCUGAUGGAACCCCAAGGAGGAGAGCAGGAGCGGGACUGGUAUUCAAGACUCCACAAGGAGGAGUAAUGUAUCAUUCAUUCUCUCUCCUUAAGGAAGAAUGCUCCAACAAUGAGGCGGAGUACGAGGCGUUCAUCUUUGGCCUCCUCUUGGCGCUCUCCAUGGAGAUCAAUGAUAUCUAUGAGGUUCGAAAGCCAGAGCUGGUGCCAUACUACAAUGCAGCCCAGGUACUCAUGAAAAAAUUCAACCAUAUUGAAGUUGUCCAUGUCCCACGAAGUAGGAAUGCACCAGCCGAUGCCUUGGCAAAGCUUGCUGCAGCACUCGUGCUUCCAGAAGGUGAACCUGCACAAGUGACUGUUGAAGAAAGGUGGCUCCUCCCUGCUGUUCUAGAGCUCGUCCCUGAGGAGUAUGAAGUCAAUACCGUCACGACGAAUGCUGUCGAGGAGGACGACUGGCUUAGGCCCUUCCUCAACUAUUUCAAGCAUGGCAGUCUCCCCGACGAUCCAGUCAAAAGACGCCAACUGCAACGACGGCUCCCCUUCUAUGUCUACAAGGCGGGAGUCCUAUACAGGCGCUCUUAUGGGCAAGAAGUCCUUCUCCGAUGUGUCAACCGAAGCGAAGCUGAGGAAGUCCUUCGAGAGAUGCAUCAUGGAGUAUGUGGUGGGCAUCAAAGCGGACCAAAGAUGUAUCACAGCAUUCGACUUGCUGGAUACUAUUGGCCCGGCAUUAUGGCAGACUGCAUAAGGGUAGCAAAGAGUUGCCAUGGAUGCCAGAUUCAUGGUGACUUCAAGCAUCAACCACCAGCCGCUCUCCAUCCAACUAUUCCCUCAUGGCCAUUUGACGCUUGGGGGAUCGAUGUUAUCGGCCCGAUUGACCCUCCUUCCUCGGGAGGCCAUCGCUUCAUCCUUGCCGCUACGGAUUACUUCUCCAAGUGGGCGGAAGUUGUGCCACUACGUGAAGUCAAAAGUGGCAACGUCAUCAACUUCUUGGAACGGCAAAUCGUAUACCGCUUCGGGAUCCCACAUCACAUCACCUCCGACAAUGCCAAAGCAUUCAAGUCUGAUAGAAUGCACAGGUUCAUGGAUAAAUACAAGAUCAAGUGGAACUACUCCACCGGCUACUAUCCUCAGGCGAACGGGAUGAUCGAGGCGUUUAACAAGACCCUUGGCAAGAUACUCAAGAAGACAGUGCACAAGCACCGAAGGGAUUGGCAUGAUCGCCUAUUUGAAGCUCUGUGGGCAUACCAUGUCACAGUUCGUACCCCAACCCAAGCCACCCCGUACUCUCUCAUCUAUGGGUGUGAAGCAGUCUUGCCACUGGAGAUCCAACUGCCAUCCCUACGGGUGGCUAUUUAUGAGGAGCUCACUCAGGAUGAACAGAUACAGCUUCGGUUCCAGGAGCUCGACACCUUAGAAGAAGAGCGUCUCCACGCCCUCCAGGACCUAGAGUUGUAUCGCCAAAACAUGGUGAGAGCCUACGACAAGCUCGUCAAGCAACGAGUCUUCAAGAAAGGCGAAUUGGUGCUUGUACUGCGACGCCCCAUCAUCAUCACGCACAAGACAAAGGGCAAAUUUGAACCGAAGUGGGAGGGGCCAUACGUCAUCGAGCAAGUAUAUGAUGGAGGUGCCUAUCAGCUGGUUGACCAACAAGGAUCCCGGCCGAUGCCCCCAAUCAAUGGGAGGUUUUUGAAAAAAUAUUUUGCUUAA